AUGCAUCAAACGAUCAGAGACUUCGUAGAAUCCAUCGAAACUUUGCCGGUGAUUAGUAGCAGAAGUUUCCUCGAAAAUGCGCACAUUGUUUGCCUUGCCCUGGCGACCAUUCUCCUGGUCGCCGGCUCAUCAGCAGCCACAUAUGAUCCUGUGGCGGCGCAACUUCUGGAUGUGGAUGCAGGUGUCCAGGCUCCGGUGGCAGAACGUCAAGCUCGCCAGUUUGGCGGUGGCUUUGGAGGACGUCCAGGCGGCGGCUUUGGCGGUCCGGGAGGCGGUUUUGGAGGACGUCCAGGCGGCGGAUUCGGAGGUCCUGGCGGCGGAUUCGGAGGUCAAGGAGGUUUCGGAGGCGGUGGCUUUGGAGGACGUCCAGGUGGCGGCUUUGGCGGUCCGGGAGGCGGCUUCGGAGGACCAGGCGGUUUUCCAGGCUAAACACCAAGCAGCAAUCAUCUGUGACUGACUUAGCAUAAGCCUCUAGAAAUAGACUUUGAAAUCAAAGUGCAAUCAAGCACGCUCUAAUUAAGUUCGAAAUACAUUUGCCCCUCGUCUUUGAUUCACUUAAUUUCCUUGUCAUUUGCAUGGCUUUCAGUGAUUGGCAUAGGUCUUCA